CAGCAGCGCGGAGGGUUUGCAGCACCGCUAACGCAGCAGAACAGUUACCCGUCCGGGAAUCUCACCGGCUGGCUUGGCUGUUUCAUUCCGAGUAAGGAUAUUGACACGUUGGUCAGGCUUCGCCGGCCAGACAAAGGGAUUCGCCGUUUUAAUUUCAGGUUUGAAAGUCACUCAGGCUGAGGGGUUGACACAACGAUGGCUACCCAGUCUGACCUUAUGGAGCUCGAUAUGGCAACGGAGCAGGAUCAUAAAGCUGCUGUAAGUCAUUGGCAGCAGCAGUCAUACCUGGAUUCGGGUAUUCACUCUGGGGCAACCACCACAGUACCAUCUCUCUCAGGCAAGGGCAACCCUGAAGAGGAAGAUCUGGACAACCAGCUUUAUGAGUGGGAGCAGGGUUUCAACCAACCCUUCACACCUGAACAGGUGGCAGACUUGGAUGGGCAGUAUGCCAUGACCCGUGCCCAGCGUGUCCGCGCUGCCAUGUUUCCUGAGACUCUUGAUGAGGGCAUGCAGAUCGCUUCUACUCAGUUUGACUCUGCCCACCCCACCAACGUGCAGAGGCUGGCCGAACCUUCCCAGAUGCUCAAACAUGCCGUGGUCAACCUCAUUAACUACCAGGAUGAUGCUGAGCUGGCCACCAGAGCCAUCCCUGAGCUCACUAAACUUCUCAACGAUGAGGACCAGGUGGUGGUGAACAAGGCGGCAGUGAUGGUGCACCAGCUCUCUAAGAAAGAGGCCUCUCGCCACGCCAUCAUGCGCUCCCCACAGAUGGUGUCGGCCAUCGUGAGGACCAUGCAGAACACCAAUGACGUAGAGACUGCCCGAUGCACUACUGGCACCUUGCACAACCUAUCCCACCACAGAGAGGGCCUUCUUGCCAUCUUUAAGUCAGGAGGAAUCCCUGCCCUUGUCAAGAUGCUUGGAUCUCCUGUGGACAGUGUGCUGUUUUAUGCCAUCACCACCCUGCACAACCUCCUGCUUCAUCAGGAAGGUGCAAAAAUGGCUGUUCGUCUAGCUGGAGGCCUUCAGAAGAUGGUGGCCCUGCUCAACAAAACCAAUGUCAAAUUCCUGGCCAUCACCACAGACUGCUUACAGAUCCUGGCUUAUGGCAACCAGGAGAGCAAGUUAAUCAUCCUGGCCAGUGGAGGACCUCAGGCUCUGGUGAACAUCAUGAGAACAUACACGUAUGAGAAACUGCUCUGGACCACAAGCCGCGUGCUGAAAGUUCUGUCCGUUUGCUCCAGUAACAAACCUGCCAUCGUUGAAGCUGGUGGUAUGCAGGCUCUUGGCCUUCACUUGACAGAUCCAAGCCAGCGUCUGGUACAGAACUGUCUUUGGACACUCAGAAACUUGUCAGAUGCUGCUACAAAGCAGGAAGGAAUGGAGGGACUUCUUGGCACUCUGGUUCAGCUUCUUGCUUUAGAUGACAUUAACAUGGUCACCUGUGCAGCUGGCAUCCUGUCCAACCUCACAUGUAACAACUACAAGAACAAGAUGAUGGUUUGCCAAGUGGGUGGGAUUGAAGCCCUGGUCCGCACUGUUCUCAGAGCUGGUGACAGAGAAGAUAUCACAGAGCCUGCUGUCUGUGCCCUGCGCCAUCUUACCUCCAGACACCAAGAUGCUGAGAUGGCCCAGAAUGCAGUGCGUCUCCACUAUGGCUUGCCUGUAGUGGUAAAACUGUUGCACCCACCCUCACACUGGCCACUAAUCAAGGCCACUGUCGGUCUUAUCCGUAAUCUGGCACUAUGCCCAGCCAAUCACGCACCACUACGAGAGCAAGGUGCAAUUCCGCGAUUGGUCCAACUGCUGGUGAGGGCGCACCAGGACACCCAGAGACGCACUUCUAUGGGUGGCACACAGCAACAGUUUGUGGAGGGGGUUCGUAUGGAGGAGAUUGUGGAAGGCUGCACCGGGGCACUUCACAUCCUGGCCAGAGAUGUACACAACAGAAUCGUUAUCAGGGGGCUCAACACCAUUCCCCUGUUUGUGCAAUUGCUGUAUUCACCCAUUGAGAACAUCCAGCGCGUAGCAGCAGGAGUUCUCUGUGAGCUGGCUCAGGAUAAGGAGGCGGCAGAAGCGAUUGAGGCAGAAGGAGCCACAGCUCCUCUCACAGAGUUGCUGCACUCCAGGAAUGAGGGAGUGGCUACAUACGCGGCUGCAGUGCUUUUCCGCAUGUCCGAGGAUAAGCCUCAGGACUACAAGAAGCGGCUUUCCGUGGAACUCACCAGCUCUCUCUUCAGAACAGAGCCCAUGGCCUGGAACGAGACUGGUGAUCUAGGUCUUGAUAUGGGUGCUCAGGGAGAGCCUCUUGGAUACAGACCAGAUGACCCCAGCUAUCGUUCUUUCCACUCUGGCUAUGGUCAAGAUGGUCUGGUUAUGGAUGGCAUCCUGGAACAUGAGAUGGGAGGCCACCACCCUGGAGCAGAGUACCCAGUGGAGGGUUUGCCCGACUUGGGUCACGCUCAGGACCUGAUGGACGGCCUGCCCCCUACAGAUUCCAAUCAGCUGGCCUGGUUCGACACAGACCUCUGAACACACUCUCACACAGUAUGAAAGUAGUGAAGCUAUAUUGUUGAAUGAAUCUGCAUUGUGAUUUUUGAAGAGUCGUGGAAGGUUUGCCAGAGGGUGGGCUAGUGUUUCAGAAAGUGCCUGACACACACACACUUGUCACAGACAAAAGUGAUAUUUCUAAUGGGAAAUAAUGGAAGUCGGUCUCUCUUUACUGCUCUGACCCCUUUUGUUUCUUGCCCUGGAUGGAAAAAUGGAAGUACAGAGGGAAUUUUGACACGGAUGCUUAUGAGCGCCCAUGAAGAGGAUCUUUUAAAGAUGGAACUAUAAAUCUUUUAGCCUUUCAUUUAUUACACUUUUUUUUUUUUUUUUUUUUUGUACUCUUUUCAUCCCAAAUCAGCCUUUUCAUGGUACUGACCCUAUCUUUGUUUUAAAACUUUUUCUUUUUUUUUUUUUUUUCUUUGACAAUUUGUAUUCCUUAUGUCUUCUAUAGUGUUAAGUUGUUGUGAACUUGCCUCCAUUUGGUUUCAGGAUCUUUAUCACAUGCUAGUGUACAACACUAAUCUCACUUCCUAUGUAAUCUGACUGAAAGUGUAACAAUGUGUAGCUUUUUAUAUGAUCAUUUGUUAAAAUGGUGGUUGUUGGGAGUAAAAAAUUAUAUGCAUUCUUACAAAUGCUUAAAAGGUUAGCAAAGAGAAGUGGUUUUCAAUGUCACUAUUGUUCCAAAAAGGGUGUGGGAUGGGGUGGGGGUAGAUGGGGGUUUAUGAUGUAUACACAGAGAUCGAAAUCUUUUCUGUGCUAUCUGGAGGUAGUCUCUAUUGAAGCAACAUCAUUGUUAGCCUGUUCGGCUUAUUUUGGGAACAUGGAUAAGGACAUGGCUAAUCAUUAAAAUACUUUUAUUCCAUUCUCUGUGUUUGAGUGAUACCUAAAGAAAAAGUGAUUAUUGGAUGAAUUUUAUAAAAACAUGUCUGGGUCACAUUUCAUUGUCUAUGCACUGCAUUUAUUUAUAGGACUACCCCCCCCCCCCAUUGAGGUAUUUUUAUGACCAUUAAGCACAUUUCCCUCCCCCUCAAAAUAAAUUCUCAUUUACUCAUUAAAAUACAUAUAGAAAAGUUAAUUAGCUAAAGUCGUACCAUAUACCUUUUGUAUUUGUUCAACAGGUUUCUAAAAAUAAUAUAUACAUAUUUAUUGAUCUUUGUUCACUGUUACCCUCUUUUUAAACUAUAUCUAUAUAUUUGCUACAUCUAUAUUUAGUGUUCUUUAUUUGUACUUAUUUUGUAUUGAUCAAUCUCUUGUUUACCUUUUUGUUCUCUUUAUUUACUUAUGUAUUCUCUCUUCUUUUCCCUCAAUAUUUUUGUAAUUUUCUUCACUGUAGUACAUUUUUAUGUAUGUAAAAAAAAAAAAAAAACUCAUUUACUCACCCUCAUGCCAUCCCAGAUGUGAAUGACUUUCUUCUACAGAACACAAUUUUUUUUUUUUUUUAUAAGAAUAUUUCUGCUCAUCAGUGCAAGUGAAAGCUGACCAAAACUUUGAAGCUCCAAAAAGGCCAUAAAGGCAGCAUAAAAAUAAUCCAUAAGACUCCAGUGAUUUUUUUUUUAUUUAUUUUUUUUAUCUGUCCCCUUUUUCUCUCCAAUUUGGAAUGCCCAAUUCCCACUACUUAGUAGGUCCUCGUGGUGGUGCGGUUACUCCCCUCUAUCCGGGUGGUGGUUUUCAAGUCUCAGUUGCCUCCGCUUCUGAGACAGUCCGUGCAUCUUAUCACGUGGCUCACUGUGCAUGACACCAGAGACUCCGCAUGUGGAGGCUCAUGCUACUCUCCGCAAUCCAUGCAAAAUUUACCACGCGCCCCACUGAGAGCGAGAACCACUAAUCGCGACCUCGAGGAGAUUACCCCAUGUGACUCUAACCUCCCUAGCAACCGGGCCAAUUCGUUUGCUAAGGAGACCUGGCUGGAGUCACUCAGCAAGAUGGAGACUGCAACAGUAAGAUGUACAGUAAAAAAAAAAAAAAAAAAAUCAAUUUUGGUUUGUUCUCACUCAGAACCAAUUGGAUUGCUUCAGAAGACACUAAUUAAACCACUGGAGUCUUAUUUAUGCUGCUUUUUGGAGCUUCAAAGUCUUGGUCACUAUUCACUUGCACUGAUGAGCUUAAAUAUUCUUCUAAAAAAUCUUUUGUGUUCUGCAGAAGUCAAUCACAUCUGGGAUGGCAUGAGGGGUAAAUGAUGAGAAUUUUCAUUUGUGGAUGAACUAUUCCUUUUAGAACAGUAGGCAGUACUAUAAAUGUUAAUUUUUCUCACAUUCCACUUUUUUCUAUAAGGUAUUGAGAAUGGGGAGAGUCAUAAAUAGGCUUCAUUUUCUUAAAGCAAAGUUAAAUUCCUUUCUCUUGAUAUGGUGUGAAAUAGGACCUGAGAAUCAGCUUUUCUUUGUAUUGCAAACUAUAGCCACUAUGCAGUUUUAAUAUGCCUAUUAGCUUGAUGUAUUUUCUGAAGCUGAACUUCAGUUGUUUAACUGGGUCAAACUGGGUUUCUUGUCUCUACUGCUUGUCCUUCAUUUCCACUCUGGGGUGUGUGAUGCAGGCACUGAACCUCUUUAUGUGUCUAUGUGAAAUCAAAUCUAAAGAUUACUUAUCAGUGAAUCAGC